AUGAACAAUGUGUGUGUGCGUGUGUGUGAUGUAUGGGGGCGGCCUGCAGGGGGCGAACAGGAGCAGCUGGACCCUGAACAUCCUGCUGACUCGAGGAAGAAGACGGUGGCUGUUUGUUUGAUCAUCUGUUCAUUUACCUUUCUUAACCGUUAAAACCCAACUCAGUCUCCAUGGCAACAGGUCGGGGUUUGGAGGUGUAUUUGGACCUCCUGUCGCAGCCCUGUCGGGCGGUGCACAUCCUGCUCAACUGCACCAAAAUCCCGCACAGAGUCCGGACCGUGGCUCUGAGGAGAGGAGAGCACAGGACUCCGGACUUCACCAAGCUGAAUCCCAUGCAGAAGGUUCCUGUCAUGGUGGACAACGGCUUCGUCCUCACAGAGAGUGACGCCAUCUUGAAGUACCUGGCCACCGUGUACGACGUCCCGGAGCACUGGUAUCCACGGCAACCGGAGAGACGAGCCCGAGUUGAUGAAUACACAGCCUGGCAUCACAGCAACACACGGCCACACACUGCUAAAGUCUUUAUACUGGAGGUGCUCCUUCCAGCUCAGUCGGGCUCUCAGGUGGACGAGGAGCGUUUGAUUCGUGCUCUGUCUCAGCUCGAUGACACACUGGACAAACUGGAGUCCAUGUUUCUUCGCCGACAGCCUUUCCUCUGUGGUGAUGACAUCACUGUGGCCGACCUGCUCGCUGUCUGUGAGCUCAUGCAGCCGGUGGGCGGAGGCAGGGACGUCCUGCAGGACCGUCCUCAGCUGCAGAGGUGGAGGAGCAGAGUCGAGUCAGCCAUCGGCGACGCCUUCGAGCGAGCUCACGCUGUUCUGUUCGCCCUGAGAGACCGCCGCAAAGCCAGGCUGUGACAUCAUCACAGGCCCAGCCCACAGGAGUGAUGUCAUGCGGCCAGACAGAAGAAGGAGCCCAUCAUCUUCAUCAUAGUAUAUAAAUCUCUAAACUGGUCCCAUCAGUCUUCGAACACAUGAUGAUGACGACAGGCGUGUUUGGGGGUUGGUCUCCGGCCUCCUGUGGAGUUUCCUCUGUUUUAUUCAACUUCAUAUCAAUAAUCUGAACUUUAAUAAGAUUCAGAAAUCAAAGCAAGAACCAGCUGCUGUUUGGAAUCACUGUUAUUGAUCUGAUUGAUUGAUUGAUUGAUUGAUCGAUUGAUUGACAGACUCUCUGGUCCAUAAAGAAAUGUGGAGGACCAUAGUUUGGUUUGAGGCUGAUCUUCUGCCGUCCAGCUGAGACCUGUCCUAAGUCCUGACUGUCCGCACACUGUCUCUGAAUUGAAGGAACCUUCAGAGUGAUAAAUGAAGCCACAUAUCUGAACUUUCCAACAGCACUUAAACACAACAUAGGCAGAGCAGUGACGGUUUAAUAAUAACCUGAUUUAAAGCAGUGGAAUGAUGAAAAUAAAGAGAUUUUAUUUUUACAUUUAUUACUUUUUUCAUUUCCUCCUGACCGAGCUGUUGAUCAUUUUCACUGUCGUCAUGAAAACAAC